ACUUUUUUCAUACAACUAGAAAUUUUUCAUGGGCAAUUACAGGUUUAGGUUAUCAGAUAUGAUGCCCAAUGCCUGGUUCUACAAGCUGAAAGACAUAGGCAGAGCCAGAAACCAUAGCAACAGUACCAACCCUUACAGGGAAAAACAACACCCGACAUCUCCUGCUACAACAACAACAAAGCCAUCAAAAACAAAGCAACCCCACCAUUUUUAUCCAAGAAAGUCUUAUUACUUCACUAGGGAGCUUAUCCCAAGUGAUAGAUUCUAUGCUUCUCCAACAAACACCAAAUCCGUGGAUGCCCAUUUCCCUGACUCACCAAGAAAAUCUUCUAAACAACGAUCCAGAAAAAGAAAUAUAAGGUCGUCUAACAAACUUGUUACUUCCUCUGUUUCUGCCGGUUGUAGCUGCCGUGCCACGCUCUGGACUAAGGCUGAUUCCCCACCAGAAUACUCAGCUUCUUCCUCUUCUGAUGAUAGCUCUUCAGACCAAAAUCCUUGUGAGUCUUUCCCGCAAGAAUUCAGGUCUGAUUGCAUUCUUACAACUGAAUCAUUCGAUAACAUGGUAUCCUGGCCGACUUCUUGUAGCUGCAAAGUCAAUUCUAAAGCUAAUGAUAUCGUUAUCGAUGUUGAUAACAAGUCUUUUGUUAAGAAAUUCAACAAGCUAGAUGAGUUUCCCAAGUUGUCUGAGCUUGAACUCCCUCCGAUCAUAACCAAGCCUACUAAAUUCAGCGACAUGGUAAAGCAUAUCAAGAAGAAAGAGCAGAAUAAUGAACCAACCAAGUAUCGAAGGAGUUCAGCUAAAUUUGAGGAAAAAAAUGCUCAUAGUUCACUCUCUGUCAAGGUUGUCGAGGAAGAGAGAAUUACAGUGAAAGAGAACAAGAACACUAGUCCUGUCAGGAAAUUUCCUGUCAAUUCUCCUGGUGUAAGGCUUAGAGUAAAUUCUCCAAAAAUUGCAAGCAGAAGAAUUCAGGCUCAUGCUCGAAAAAGUGUGUCGUCAAGCUCGAGCUCGAGCUCAAGGAGGAGUCUAUCGGAUAGUUUUGCGGUGGUGAAGUCGUCAUAUGAUCCUCAGAGAGACUUCAUGGACUCAAUGGUGGAGAUGAUUAUGGAGAACAACAUCAGCGCAUCAAAGGACUUGGAGGAUUUGCUUUGCUGUUAUCUUUCUCUGAAUUCCGAUGAAUAUCAUGACCUUAUCAUUAAGGUUUUCAAGCAAAUCUGGUUUGAUUUGAGUGAUGUCCAGUUGAAAUAAUUUCCUACCAAGUAUAAAUAUUAUCAUUAUCCUAUCA